GUUCCAGCGCAUCUACCCGGCUGCCACUGCUCAGAGGAUUGAGAGAGUUGAGCGGUCAGUCUGCUAGGGUGACAUUGAAAGUAAACUCCUGUAAUAAAACGGAAGCGAGUGUCGGGGAAAAGAUGGCAAAACCACUGACAGACCAAGAGAAGAGGAAGCAGAUAUCUGUGCGCGGACUGGCCGGGGUGGAAAACGUCGCAGACCUGAAAACUAAUUUCAACAGGCACCUCCAUUUCACGCUGGUGAAGGACAGGAAUGUCGCCACCAAGCGAGACUACUACUUCGCCCUGGCCAACACGGUGCGGGACCACCUGGUGGGCCGCUGGAUCCGGACCCAGCAGCACUACUACGAGAAAGACCCGAAACGCGUCUACUACCUCUCCCUGGAGUUUUACAUGGGCCGAACUCUGCAGAACACAAUGGUUAAUCUGGCUUUGGAGAACGCCUGUGAUGAAGCCACAUACCAGCUGGGUCUGGACAUGGAGGAGCUGCAGGACAUCGAGGAAGACGCCGGUCUAGGAAAUGGCGGACUGGGUCGUCUGGCUGCUUGCUUCCUGGACUCCAUGGCCUCUCUGGGACUGGCCGCUUACGGAUACGGCAUCCGCUACGAGUUCGGCAUCUUCAAUCAGAAAAUAGUCAGCGGCUGGCAGGUGGAGGAAGCCGACGACUGGCUGCGCUACGGUAACCCCUGGGAGAAAGCUCGCCCCGAGUACAUGCGCCCCGUCCACUUCUAUGGACGAGUGGAACACACGGACGAGGGAGUGCAGUGGGUGGACACACAGGUGGUGCUGGCUCUGCCCUAUGACACCCCAGUCCCCGGCUACAGGAACAACAUCGUCAACACCAUGAGACUGUGGUCGGCGAAGGCUCCCUGUGACUUCAACCUCAAAGACUUUAAUGUCGGCGGCUACAUCCAAGCUGUGCUGGAUCGAAACCUGGCUGAGAACAUCUCCAGGGUUCUUUACCCCAACGACAACUUCUUUGAAGGGAAGGAGCUGCGUCUCAAACAGGAGUACUUUGUCGUCGCCGCGACUCUUCAAGACAUCAUCCGCCGAUUCAAAGCCUCCAAGUUUGGCUCCACGGAGUUUGUGCGCAUGGAUCUUUCGGCUCUGCCAGACAAGGUGGCCAUCCAGCUGAACGACACUCACCCUGCUUUAGCCAUCCCCGAGCUGAUGAGGAUCCUGGUGGACGUGGAGAAACUCACCUGGAAGGAGGCCUGGGACAUCGUGGUUCGUACCUGUGCCUACACCAACCACACCGUCCUGCCUGAAGCUCUGGAGCGUUGGCCUGUCGACCUCUUCCACAACCUCCUGCCUCGACACCUGGAGAUCAUCUACGAGAUCAACAGGAGGCACAUGGAGCGCAUCGCUAGUAUUUACCCCGGCGACUUUGACCGCAUGCGUCGGAUGUCCCUGAUCGAGGAAGGCGACGUGAAGAAGAUCAACAUGGCUCACCUGUGCAUCGUAGGCUCGCACGCCGUCAACGGAGUGGCUCGUAUCCACUCUGAGAUCAUCAAAGAGACAGUGUUCAAGGAUUUCUACGAAGUCGACCCAGAGAAGUUCCAGAACAAGACCAACGGCAUCACACCCAGACGCUGGCUGGUCAUGUGCAACCCCGGCCUGGCUGAGGUCAUCGCUGAGAGGAUUGGUGAAGACUACAUCCGUGACCUGGACCAGCUGAAGAAACUUCUGGACUUCGUGGACGACGACGCCUUAAUUCGGGAUGUCGCUAAAGUCAAACAAGAGAACAAGAUGAAGUUUUCCGUUCACCUGGAAGAACACUACAAGGUGAAGAUCAACCCCAACUCCAUGUUCGAUGUCCACGUGAAGAGGAUUCACGAGUACAAGAGACAGCUGCUCAACUGCCUGCACAUCAUCACACUGUACAACCGCAUCAAGAAGGAGCCUAAAAAGUCAUGGACCCCCAGGACAGUCAUGAUCGGAGGAAAGGCGGCUCCAGGUUACCACACUGCCAAGAUGAUCAUCAAGCUGAUCACAUCAAUUGGAGACAUUGUCAACAAUGAUCCAGUGGUGGGAGAUCGCCUCAAGGUCAUCUUCCUGGAGAACUACCGGGUCACUCUCGCUGAGAAAAUCAUCCCCGCGUCCGACCUGUCGGAGCAGAUUUCCACAGCGGGCACCGAGGCCUCCGGCACCGGGAACAUGAAGUUCAUGCUGAACGGCGCCCUCACCAUCGGCACCAUGGACGGCGCCAACGUGGAGAUGGCAGAGGAGGCCGGGGAGGAGAACCUCUUCAUCUUCGGCAUGAGGGUGAAAGAUGUUGAGGCUAUGGACAAGAAGGGCUACGAUGCCAAGUCGUACUACAACCGUAUUCCAGAGCUGAAGCAGGCGAUGGACCAGAUUUCGGGAGGUUUCUUCAGCCCCAGCCAGUCUGACCUCUUCAAAGACCUCGUCAAUAUGCUGAUGAAUCAUGACAGGUUCAAGGUGUUUGCAGAUUAUGAAGACUACAUUAAGUGCCAGGACAAAGUCAGUGCACUCUACAAGAACCCGAAAGAGUGGACCAAGAUGGUGAUCCACAACAUCGCCGGCUGUGGCAAAUUCUCCAGCGACCGCACCAUCUCCCAGUACGCCAGAGAGAUCUGGGACAUGGAGCCCAAUCUGGAGAAGAUCGCGGCUCCCGACGAUCCUCGCUAAACCACAACUUCAUCCUCCUCUUCUCCGUAUAGCGCCCUCUGUGGUCCAACCAUGAGAGAGGAGUCCUGUAGCUUCUUCACGGUGUUCUGUGGCGUUAUGUCUUUCACAUUACUGAUUCUUCAUCUUAUAGCAGUCCAUAUUAUAACUUCUCUCUCUCCGUCUUUCGGUGCACCAGACAUGCAUAUUCUCACUGUUGUGUGAAAACCCCGUGUGAGCCUUUCAGCCGCUAAGGAACAGCCUGGAUUUCCACCUUGAAAUCAUGGGGGGUUCUUCAGCACGAGUGAAACCAUUAACGACGCACUUCCCUGUUUUCCAACACUUGGAAUUCAAUAAGUCUUGGUUUUUUUUACUCUUAUUCUGUGUCAGUGAUUGUACCUUUUUAAACCAGAUUACCAUGCUAUGGUUUUCACACAACAGCGAUGCAUCUGUUACAUUCCCCUUCUCCUUUUUGACUCCUAAAGGUCCAGUAAAAAAAAGGUUAAAGCUG